UAAACAAUAAGGAAAACAAAACAAAAACUUUAACAGGAAGUUAACCGUUAUGUAGCCGUUCAACAAAUUGCCACUCGGCACUGGUUCUUAAAGCGUUAAAUGCGAAAACAGUUCUUAAAGUGAUAAAGUCAGAUAUAGUUCUUAAAAUGGUAAAUUCGAAAGUCCAACAGAUUUAUACAUUCACUUGGGAGACUUCCCUGGAGAAGGAUUUCUUCAUAGACACGACUUUCCUGCUGGUUCUGUCCACAGGAUUCACGAUGCCGAAAAUAAACAGUUUAAAACAACUGACCUUAAAUUCUUUUACAGAGAGAGCAAACCUUUGCAUGAACUCUUUGCUCUUUUUUGGCAAGAGUUUUCUUCGAUGCAGGUCGCUACUCCUCCAAUGAAGACUCAAUAAGGUCAAUCCUUUGUUAAACUGCCAAACGAUGCCGACUCCUCUCGAUCCUUCGGUCCCGUACUUCAAUAAAGUCUUCACUCUCCCUUCUACUGCUGGAAUUGAGUAAAUCAGCACAUCUAGCAAAAAUUUCCAGUCCAAUAAUAUUGUAACUUGCAGUAGAACGCAACACUCCGUUUUAAAAAUGAAACUGCGUCACAAAAACAAACACGCAACAGAAACGGAAACACAGCACGUUCUACCCGGAAAUCUACAAAUUAAAAACGAACUGCGUCACCUGGGAUCUUCGCUUAUUCCUAUGGUGCACAUGUCAUCACGUGACCUCACAUCGGUGGGAAAGUCACAUCAGGUGACCUCCAAAAGACCAUUACAUCAUUCUCACAAAAAAAACCACAGAUCUCCUUGAGCAUGUAACACUUUAUAUUUAAUCUUUCUAAGCACAAACCUCACAUUUGGCUGCAUUAGAUGCCCAGAUUUCAGUGUCCCGGUGAGACAGCCGUUGAUAAUUGAUAAGCCUGAUGUGAAAUGGUUAGCCCGAAUGUGAAACACAGUUAGUUCUUUAUCUAUUAACUUCAUUAUUUGCUCAAACACUUUGAAGACCUUUGAGCCAGACUCACAUCAGCUCCCCUUCUGUGUGGACAGCACACUCACUGGUAGCAAAAGGACUACAGGGCCGGGGAAAAUGGUAACCUUUGACGACCUCUUGGAGGAAGCUGGAGAAUUUGGAGUCUUCCAGAAGACGGCCUUCACUCUGUCCUGCAUAGCAUCAACAGCGUUCUCCUAUUUGUACGUUGGGAUUGUUUUCCUGGCCUUCACUCCUCGACACUGGUGUAGAAGCCCAGGGGUAUCGGAGCUGAGGGCUAACUGCGGCUGGUCCCAGGAAGAGGAGUGGAACUAUACAGUGCCCCCUGCUGCUGGCGGGGUCCCAUCACAUAGCAACUGCCUCAGGUACGAUGUGGAGUGGGAGUGGACCCCGUCAGGCCACUGUGAGACCCCGCUCUCGUUCCUGACAAACACCUCGGCACAGGAGCUCCCCCUCACCCUCUGCCAGGGGGGGUGGGUUUUCGAGGAAGGCUCAUACCCCAGCAUUGUCACCGAGUUUGGACUUGUGUGUAAUGAUGCCUGGAAGGUGGAUUUGUCUCAAGCUUGCCUAAAUUUGGGAUAUAUGAUUGGAACUGUAAUCCUGGGUUUUGGGGCAGACAUAUAUGGUAGGAAAUUCUGCUUCUUAUUUUCCCAAUUUAUGACGACAGUGGCAGGAAUUGCGGUGGCGUUUGCUCCGAAUUACCUUUGGUUCCUCAUCUUCCGCACACUGCAGGGAAUAUUGAGCAAAGGGGGCUGGAUCAGUAUCUAUGUCUUAAUUUCUGAGCUAGUUGGAAUGAAGCACAGAAGAACAGUGGGGAUUGUAACCCAGACAUGUUUCAGCUUUGGGAUGAUGUUGCUUUCUGCUAUCGCUUACCUGGUGCCAGCCUGGAGGACCCUGCAGCUGGUGACUACCGUACCCAACUUCAUUUUCAUGACCUACUACUGGCUGCUGCCAGAGUCUCCGAGGUGGUUACUGUCAAGAAAUAAACAGAAAAAAGCCGUCAAAGUCCUUCAGAAAAUAGCAAAAAGGAACAAGAAGUUUUUCUCGAUAAAUAUUGAGACGGUCAAAAUUGAAAAUUCUGAAGAUGAGCUAAGAAAGCCAGCUUUCAUGGACCUGGUGAAAACACCACAGAUAAGGAAGCACACUCUUAUUCUGAUGUACGGCUGGUUUGUCAGUGCUAUGGUGUAUCUCGGCCUCGUGAUGCGCCUGGGAGUUAUAGGAGGGGACGUUUACCUCAACUUCUUCUUCUCUGGAUUGAUGGAAAUCCCUUCGGCGAUCUCCAUUGUGCUGCUGGUCGAUCGAGUCGGGCGCCGCUGGCCUUUUGCAGCCAGCUACCUGUUGGCAGGGGUAACCUGCCUGGUGGCUGCCUUCAUCCCUGAUGAUAUCUUCUGGCUGAAAACAGUAAUCACAUCUUUGGGCAAGCUAGGAAUUACGACAGCCUUUUUAAUGGUCUGUUUUGUAAACACUGAAUUAUACCCAACAUUUUUAAGAAACUUUGCUGUUUUGGUAUGCUCAGCAAUGUCUGACCUUGGAGGGGUGGUGGCUCCGUUCGUUUUGUACAGGUUGGUGGUGGUGUGGACAGAGUUGCCCUUUGUCGUGUUUGGGGUGACUGCGCUGCUCGCAGGGGGGCUUGUCUUGUACCUGCCUGAAACCAAGGGCAUCCGAUUACCAGAGACCAUCGAAGAAGCGGAAACCCUUGGCCGAAAGAAGAAAGCCACCCCUCAGACGAGCUAUCAGAUGGCGGCACCAUAUUCCGCAGCAGAAACAAGUAACGAGAAGGAGCCUGCCUCAGAGAUCAUCAUAUGAUGAGAUUAAAUCAUCGAAAGCAAAUACGGUGUAUAUUUACUGAUCAAUAAUAUUCGAUGCUUUAAACUCUGCAGUGCCAAGAACUUUGAAAAGUGCUUAACUUUCAGUCUUUCUGUAAUUAUAUAUACUAAUGACUUAUGAUUAUGCCUUUUUCUAUGUUAUGCGGCAUUUUGAUGUAUCCUUAAUGUCUAUAUCCAAGAGAUUUGCGUUCAAUAGAUUAUCCAUCAGAGUCUCUGGCAGAAUGCACACCUUUGCGUACGCUUUUGGCAUUUCAGGGCGCGUCCCUUGGCAGGUCCCUGGUCCACCGUUCCUUUCCUGCCCACCACUCCCCACCCACAUGCAGGUACAGGAGGUGUAGCAUCUCCCUGCUCACCUCUUCCCUUCCCGCUGUCCGGGGACCCAGACGGGCAUGGCAGCCGUUCACAUGCAGGUCUCAUGAAGAUAGGUUGAGUGAGCUAAUGUGACCAUGAGAGGCUGGGCAAACUUGGGUUCCUUUCUCUGGAGUGGCGGAGGUUGAGGGAAGAUCUGAAAGAGUAGACUGGGAGCAUCUUUUCCCCAGGGUUGAAAUGUCUAAUACCAGAGGGCACGUGUUGAAGGUGACAGCAGGUAGGGAUGUGAGGGGGAUGCCUGGAAUGCACUGCCUGGUAUGGUGGUAGAGGCAAACACAUUAGAUACUUCUAAGGACUUUUAGACAGGCUCAUGAAUAUGAGGAAGAUGGAGGGAUAUGGACAUUGUGGGUAGGAGGAAUUAGUUUUUUUGGGGUUCUUUGCUUUACUCUUUAGCUGGUUCAGCACAACAUUGUGAGCUGAAGGGCUUGUUCCUGUGCUGCACUGUCCUAUGUGUUUGAACACUGGCCAGAGGAGUGAACUAGGUCUGAUCCAAUUCACCUUCCACCACAACAAUCAACAGCAAACAUCCUUCCAUUGGCUCUGGAGCAAUUAGACAGUGGAAAUGCACACAUCAGAAAGCUCUUCAGUGACUACAGCUCAUCCCCUCGAAACCCAGUCCAAGACCUGGGCCUUGGCACCUCCCUGCACAGCCGGAUCCUUGAUUUCCUCACAAACAGAAUCCUGUUGGUUUAGACUGGCAACAACAUCUCCUCCCACGAUCUCCAUCAGCACUGGUGCACCAUGUAGCUGUUGGGGCUAAUUCCUGCCGCUGUCUAUACGGAGUUUGUACGUCCUCCCUGUGACCGUCCGUGUUUCCUCUGGGUGCCCCAGUUUUCUCCCCACAAUCCAAAGACGUAUGGGUAAGUGUGAAUGAGCUGUGGUCAUGUGAUGACACUCGCGGGCUGCCCCCAGCGCAUCUUUGGUCCAUGAUGUUUGUUCGCCGCAAACGAUGCCUUUCACUGUACGUUGUGAUGUGCACGUAAUAAAUAAAGCUAAUCUAGUCUGUUUG